AUGUGGGGCGUGUUGUGUUUCAAAGUGCUAAGAAAGAUGCAGCGACGGCACAGUAGCAUCACCGACAGCCUUCCACCUGAAAGAAGCCGGAGCCAAGCCAUCACCUCGGAGACCAGCGUGGACCAAGGGGGAGUUUUCGAAAGCCUGAAGACGGAAGCCCCCUCCCCUCCACCGCUCUUCUCGGGGCUGGGGGGAAUCCCAUCAGGCAGUAUCUCGGCCACCCCUUUCCAGUCCAGUUUGCUCCUCGGGUCCUCAGCCGGAGGGGGUGAGGUCUUCAUCCAGAUGCCCGCCCCUCGGGAGGAGGGGCCAAGCCGGACAGAGGCGGGGCUCUAUCACUACCGGCAACCGCAUCAUUACCAUCACAGCCACCCGCGGGGGUCCUCCCUGCUGCAUAUGAGUGGCACUGACCGCCACGGGCAUCCAGAAGAGACCCCCGAUGACCAGCCUGGCACCCCGGCCCCGGCUCUUCCCGAGUUGAAGGUGGUCAUCUCCUGGCUACAAGACGGCCUGCCGUUCAUCGUCAUCCUGCUGGCUAAACUUUGUUUCCAGCACAAAGUGGGAAUUGCCCUCUGCCUGGGCAUGGCCAGCACAUUUGCCUAUGCAAAUUCAGCCCUUCGAGAACAAGUCUCUUUAAAGGAAAAGAGAUCCGUUUUCGUGAUUUUCUGGAUCUUGGUCUUCCUGGCAGGAAACACCCUGUAUUUGCUCUACACCUUCAACUCCCAACAGCUGUAUAACAGCCUCAUUUUCCUGAAGCCCAAUCUGGAGAAGCUGGAUUUCUUUGACCUGAUGUGGAUGGUGGGCAUCACAGAUUUUGUCCUGAAGUAUCUCACCAUCGGUCUGAAGUGCCUGGUGGUGGCCCUGCCCAAAAUCAUCCUUGCGGUUAAAUCGAAGGUAGUAGCGCUGUGA